AUGUCUGCCGCGACUUCUCCACUGGCGGCGCACCUGCCGGUCUACGAGUUGGAUGGUGUGUUCCUCCGGCAUGUGUCGCACAAUUUGGGCUCACACGUUGAGGGAUUCGUGCAAGCUGCUCGGCGACUUCGGCGCCUGGGGCUACUUUCGGAUACCCUGAUCAAGAAACUGGUCGUCUUGGAUACGACUUACAGUACGGCGCGCCACAUCAACAACGCCUCUUGCUCCACAUUCUUCGGCGCCGUUGUCAGUGACAGUCGAACUCGUGCUCACCAAAGACGCCCUCCUGAUCGUCAGCCCUCUGACGUAGAUUCUCAUUGGCCACAGCCAGACCUUCAGUCGCAUUUUGUUUUCAAGCAGGAAGCCCAAGUCUUCACGCCCGGCCUCGUCACAGCCGUCACCGUCCCAGACGUCAACCCCGUGACCGAGACAGAGGUGUCUUCCUCGAGAACAGACGUGUCGGCGCAAAGGCAUUACAGCACCAACCAGCAAUGCAGGUUCGGCCACCACCACUACA